AUGUCACAUUCAUCUAGAGUAGAUGUGGCAUCUGGUGAAGACACUGCAGGGACAGUUGGUACGGCAUCUGGUGAAGAUACUACAGAGACAGUUUGUGCAGCAUCUGCAGUAUCGAUUGGAAAUGUUUGGUGUGAGGUUGGUGAAGUUGGUGAAGUUGAAGAACGUAUUAAAGUUUGUGUUGAAAUAGAUUGUCCAGAUCCAUGUCCAAAUGCUCAACAAUCAUGUAAUGACGAUUGUUUGUGUACAAAUGAUAAUUGUCAAGGUGGUAAAUGUAGUCAUACUCCUGUUUCAUGUGAUGAUGCUAAUAGUUGUACUGAUGAUUCAUGUGAUUGUAAGACUGGUUGUUCUCAUACUCCAAAGCCUUGUAAUGAUAAUGAUGCUUGUACAACUGACUAUUGUAAUAAUUCAACUGGUUGUGUUUCCACUCCAAUCUCAUGUGAUGAUGGUAAUGGAAAUAGAAAAAUUUAA